AUGGUGACAAAAACAAAGUCAAAAAAUCACCAGAGGAAGGAAAACGAUGAACUUUCAUCAUUGAAACCGGUGAGUGCAAACAAAAAAUGGUCUCAUAAUGAUGACAACGAAGCUGCGAAAGAACAAACGGCGUCCUCGAUAACUUCACCUUCUACAAUAAUUAAUCCAGUUCUUCAAGAAAUUAACGUGAACAACAACACUCAGUACGUCUAG